AUGCCUCUGAAAGAGACCUUCGACACAUUCACUUACUUCAUUAGCGAACUCGACAAGCUGAAAAUUGCGUAUGUUGCUCUGGUACAGUGGGCUGAGUUUCUUGAUCCUGUCAUUGACAGCUGCCACCGUGCUACUAAACAUGAUGUCGUCGCCACAUACUCACCUCUCUUGAAUGAUGUAAUGGCAUUUGCGAAUGCUGGUUUCACGGGCGAGGAGGCAGCUCAUUAUAUCUUACAGGGAAAAGUUCUAGGCGUGUUUUUCGGUGUUUCGUGGAUUGCACACCCAGAUUUUGCUAAGCGGCUACAGUAUGGAAAAUCUUUGGACGAAAAACUGGAUAUGUCUACAAUACAUAGGCAUGGGAAAGAUAUAAAACCAGAAAAGAAGGGUUAUACAGACUAUCCAUCGGCGGAGUAUUAG